AAACCAUUCCCUAACCUUCGUAGUUCUUCCGGCCAAUCAAAUGGGUGAUAAACUUCGAUUAUCCAUCGGAGUUUUGGGAAAUGGAGCUUCAUUGUUGCUCUAUACAGCUCCAAUAUUAACAUUUGCAAGGGUGUUUAAGAAGAAAAGCACAGAGGAGUUUUCAUGUUUUCCUUACGUUAUGACACUCUUCAACUGUUUGAUAUAUACUUGGUACGGUUUACCGAUCGUGAGCCAUCUUUGGGAGAAUCUUCCUCUCGUCACCAUCAAUGGAGUUGGCAUCCUUCUUGAAUCGUUUUUCAUUUUCAUAUAUUUCUGGUACGCCUCUCCCAAAGAAAAGAUUAAGGUUGGUGUUACGUUAGUUCCGGUGAUCGUUUUGUUCGGCUUAACGACAGCAAUCUCGGCCGUGGUAUUCGACGACCACCGCCACCGGAAAUCAUUCGUUGGAAGUGUUGGCCUUGUGGCUUCCAUCUCCAUGUACGGUUCUCCUCUCAUUGUUAUGAAGAAAGUGAUCGAGACAAAGAGUGUGGAAUACAUGCCGUUUUACUUGUCCUUCUUCUCAUUUCUGGCUAGUUCCCUUUGGUUAGCAUAUGGUUUGCUCAGCCAUGAUCUCUUUCUUGCGUCACCUAAUAUGGUGGCAACUCCACUGGGGAUUCUCCAACUUAUCAUAUACUUCAAAUACAAGAAUAAGAAGGUGUUAACACCAACAACAAUGGUGAUGAGCAAAAGGAAUGAUCAUGACGAUGGAGAGAAGAAUAAGACCACCCUUGAGCUUGUAUUUGACGUUGAUCGUGAUCGUGAUGAUGCCAAUGAGAAGAAUCAAAACAAUGCAUGUUAGCUUUCAACCUCAUCGCGAUUUUAAUAUCUUGGAUACGUUUUCCCAAAAAUUCCUUGUGAAUCCAGAGAUUUUAUGUAAAGCAUCUCUUAUGUUGUGUUUUUCAUUACAUGAUGUAACACAUGAUCAAAUGUCACAUUUAUAUAAGUUAUACAUAUGGUGGUUGGUCAUGUGAUGAAUAAAGGAAGAAGGCUACGUUUCUGCU